UGCUGGCUCUGGGGGCUGCUGGACUCGGCCGUGCACACCCUCCUGGCGACCCGGCUCUCGUUCUGCGGGGCUGCCCAGCUCCAGCACAUCUUCUGCGACGUGCCGCCGCUGCUGGGGGCCACCUGCAGCAACACCCGCCCCAAUGAGCUGGCCCUCCAUGUGUCCAGCAUCUUUGUGGGACUCAGUCCCUUCCUGUUUGUUGUAAUCUCCUACCUUUGCAUCCUGGCCACCAUCCUCAGGAUGCCACUCGCCACCAGCCGGCGCAAAGCCUUCUCCACCUGCUCUGCACACCUGCUCGUGGUCACCCUGUACUUCACGACAGCCAACCUGAACUACAACCGGCCCAGCUCAGGUUACUCCCCAGCAGCUGAUGUACUGGUCUCCGUGCUGUACUGCAUCAUCACCCCCAUGCUCAACCCCCUCAUCUACAGCCUUCGCAACCAGGAGGUGUGGGGGGCCCUGCGGAAGGUUGUGCGGGUGGCUGGCACACCAGGCUCCGCAGGCAACAACGCCUGACCAGUGCCAGGGCUACCACAGGCUGCCCACACGGCGCUGGCACUGCAAUGUCCAUCUGUGGGACAUCUGUGACAGCACAGGGACCCUGGGGCUCCCGGCCUAAGCAUGUGGCACGCUGCUGUCACUCGUCACCCUCAGCACAUCACUGAUAGCAGAAUGGCAAAAUAAAGUCAGGAACAAGGCUACAGGUCCAGGAUUCUGUCUGUAUUUUUCAGACACCAUGUGCUGAGCUCAGCACGGGCCCUGCAGCAGCUGUGCUAUGGCCAGGGAACCCUGCAAAAAGCUAAUAAUGUGGUGCCAGACGUGCUGGCCCUGGGCAUGGCCACGAGCUGUGCCUCAGGGCUGCCCAAAGUCUUGAGUCUCUGCCCUGUGCAGAACAAGGACAGUGCCUUGGACUGCAAAACCUGGCCUGGGCAAGAGGGGCUGUCCCACUGUCCACCGUUCCCACGUGCCUUGGCUUUAAAUCUGGUGUCUGCUGGGUUUCCCCAGGCUGCCAGGGAGGCUCUGCAGCACUUUGUACAUAAGCACAGUGGCUUGCACAGGCCACCCAUGGCCUCAGUGCUGCAGUCAGACACAGAGGUCUCAGCACAGAGCUGAGAGCUAGUGGCACUGAACUCACCAGAACUGCUUUGUUUAUGGCCAGUAAAAUUUCCCUCUGCAGCUGUUGCAUGUGGUGUGGCCCUGGGUGAUGGUGGCUGAGGACUGGCUGGGGAUGUGGGGCUGCCUCAGUCCCCUCUUCCAGCUGGGGGUCUGCAGCCGGGUGCAGCCUCAAAUGGUUCUGUGGGUGUGGGGGCAGUGGCUAAAUCUACAGCUGCGUACAUGGGGCACAGCAGUGUCCAGCACUGUGCCAGAGCCAGGAGCAGGGAGAUGGCACAGGCAGGGCACACCUGCAGUCACACAACCUAUGUCAGCUGGAUGUCAGCUGGACACAAACCUGCUCAUCUUUGGCUCAGUUACCAAGAAAUACACAACAAUAUCUAAUCUGCUCCAAAAGAAACCCACUGGAGACUGGGAACUGGGACUUAGGAGGCACACAGCCUUGUUGGGAGCGGUUUGCCAUUUCUUAAUGCACAACACAUGCUGAUUUUACUCUUCAGGGAAAGAAAUGUUUCUGUAACCCACCUGUUGGGUUGGGCUCUUGCUCCUAUCCAGACAGGUUGUGAGCCCCUCAGCCCUCUGUGCUAUAUGCCGUUCUGGAUUCUAAAAUGUCCUAGAAACACCCUCAGUCCAGUGUCACUGGGCACUUCAGAGUCUGACCAAUGAACCCCUUUCUGAAGAGCCCCUGGAAAGGGGCAGCAGGAAACACAGCAGAAACUACACAAGGAAAAAGACUGGGGAAGUUACCUCAGAGAAACAAAAAAUCCAAAGCACUCCAAACAAAAACCCCAAAGCUAACCAACCAGAAAUCCAAACAAGAAACCUCUGGAAAAUUACAUUAAAAUUGA